AUGAAGAAGAAAGCGGAGGGGGCGGCCUCCAGUUCCGGGACGCAGGAGAGUCAGUCUGCGGCGGAGAGUCAACCCAGCUUGGAGGUGCUCGCCGCGUUUCAGCACCAAAGCGAUCCAGAUUCGAUACGGAGCCUCCAUGUCUACGCUCAGGGUGCCUCCCUGUUUGCUAUCCAACAAGACCUGAUGCUGUCUUCUCCUAGUUACCGUGUGUUGAACCAACCUUUGAGGAUGAUGCUCCCCUCCUGGUCUGCUAUGGCGGGCUUCGUGGAUAGCCAAAAGAAGGGCCACGCCGCGGGGGGGUGGAUCUGCAUCCUCGACUUUGCUGUUUAUGACCCCCUACCCACGUCAAUGUGCCCAUUGCUGGCGCCCAGCAGGAACCCGCUUCUGGGCAGCCUCCCCUCCGUGUACUCUGACCUGGUAUUAGUCGAGGCCGUCAUCAAAAAGGGCGCGGAGGGCGGCCGCGCCGAGCCGACGCUUCGGCCAACCCAAUGCAUUCCGUCCCCCCCCACUGCGUGCGUCAGCCAAGAGAGCGACGCCCGGAACUCCGUUCCGUUCAUCGGAAGCCGCGUGCACCGGAGCCUUUCGUUGCCCAGCCCGCGGCAAGGCAGCAUGGUCGAGUCGAACUCGCCCAACGGCUCUCUCUGGAACGAUGUCGACUCGUUUACUGAUCUUCUCUCGUGCGCCCAGUCCCCGGGGAUCCCUUCGUGUCCCCUGGUUUCGCUGCACCCCAACUUCCCGUCCCCAACUAAGUCACCCGGCCCCUCUAACCCGACGACUCAAAGAUUGGAUAAGGGGCCGCACCCGAUGUUGACCUCUCCAAAUACUCGGGCCGCAGGACAGUUAUAUCCACCCCCUGGCGGCUUCGGAGGACGGCCCGGUAGCGAGCCCCGGGCAGACCCCGAGAACUUCCCCUCCCCAAACUUCGUCCCGUUCAUCCCGGGCUUCAUCUCCGACCGCGCCUGGGGUCCGUGGGCCCACGUCACCGGCUACUCAGACUUCCACCAACAGCUGGCGUUUUUAGCGGAGUACCCCGCCUUCAUUCCCCCGGACGUCACCCCCGGUUCCUUGUACGACGACCUGCGUCAGCAGCAGGAGGAGCGGGGGGAUCCCUCCGACCAGGAAACGGAGGGCCUGCUUUACCGCCCACCCCCGCGGUUGGAGAUUCCAGGCUCUCCUGGCCUCCCGGAGGUCUUUGCUGACGACACCUCAUCCGUCGUCCCCGAGAGGAACCGGUCCCUCUUGCCGAGGAGCCGGAGCACCAUACCGAGCGAACGGCCGGCGAAAGACGCCGCGCCCUUCCAGAGGGCGUCCUCCGCCCCCGCCUCCGGCCCCCCCAGCACGAGCCUGCCGUCCCUUGGGGAUUCCCCUCUAGUCGACCCUGCCCUCCUCUCGCCGAUCGCGGGGGGGCUCGCGACCCGCGAGAAUGACCCCCCCGCGAGCCUCUGGGUGUGCAUAAACGCCGAGGCAUCGGAGGGGGUUCGCCCCGGGGUGUCCUUUCUUCCCCCGGGGGGGUCCAUUUCCCGGGUGAGAAUCACCCCCUUGCCGGUUGACGGCGACCAGAUGAACCAGAUGGCCCCCGAGUUCGAGCCCCGGUUCCUGCCCACACCGAACGCCGUCCACUUGGGGGAUCCCCCGGUCCCCAACAUCUCCCCCCGGCGGUCUGAACCGGAUGACGACUUCAUGACCGAGGCCUCAAUCCUCACGGAUUCCAGUGUCUGCCGCGACUCCCCGCGCUCUCCGCUGUCGGAACAAGGCGCCGGAACGGAAUUCCUCGACCCCAGAGACACCCCUGGGGACCAGUCCCCGGUCUCCCUCACGCAGGCGUCGGUACGGACCGUCUUCAUGUCGCGCGACCCGAAGCGCGCGACCGCGCGCAUGGAGCGCAUCACUCUGGAGGAGAUGCAGACGUACUUCGACGUGCCGAUCGUGGGCGCGGCGCGGCUGUUGGGCGUCGGCCUCACGGUGUUGAAGAAGCGGUGCCGGGACUUCGGCAUCCCCCGCUGGCCGCACCGCAAGAUUAAGAGCAUCAAGGUGCUCAUCGACAACAUCAAAGAGUUGGCCGACCCGAAAGACAGCUCCUCCGUUCCUGCUGCCUCGUUCGGCGACGCCGUGCAGCGCCUCGAGAUGGAGCGCGCGCAGAUCGCGGGGCGGCCGGCCAUCCGCAUGGCGGAGGAGACGCUGAAGCUGCGCCAGGCGUGCUUCAAGGCCAACUUCCGCAUCCGGGCGCAGGCCUCGGGGCGCAACACCGGGCGGAAGGCUGCGCCGAGCGCGGGGGGCGGCCGCGGUUCGGGGAGGUCGCCCUCGGCGUCGUCACGUGUCGCCUGCGGCAUUGGGCCGCGAAGCCGCUGCUGA